AUGAUGGCUAUCAACCCGGUCAGUAUUAGGCUGACAGCCUUUGAAUUGAUUUGGCUAGGGUUUAUUCUCUCACUCAAUUUACAAGAAAUAUCUGCACUGGGAAACAAAAGUGUCGAAAUAAUUUCAGCUGAUGGCAAAGUACGAUUGGUUGAUGGAAUUAGUUAUCGUUCCGGAAGAGUGGAAGUUUUUCAUGGAGGAAAAUGGGGUACUGUAUGCGACGACGUGUUGGAUAAUAAAGUAGUAAUUGUAAUCUGUAGACAGUUAGGCUUCAAGGAAGGUUAUUUGUUACCUAAUUUGAAACUCAUAAGUGGAAUCAUUUGGCUUGAUGACGUUCAGUGCUUUGGCAACGAAUCCUCUAUAUUUGAUUGCCGCCAUAAUGAAUUCGGCGUAAACAACUGCAAUCAUGCCGAAGACCUUCAUAUUAAAUGCAAUUUUAAAUAUGAUAUUUUCUUCUGUGACUUUUAUCUUAAUAAUUGUAGUUUUGCCAUCAACAGCACGUCCACUUAUAAAUGGCAAUAUUCACAGGGUUAUCACAAUACAGUCAACUACAAGCAGACUCCUUACUCAGGUUACUUUAUGUAUAUUGAUUCAAACAAAGGAAAACCCGGUGACAGAUCCCAAAUAUCAAAUGAAACCAAAGUUGAUAUUGAUAAAGGUAGCCUUACAUUUGCAUAUUACCUGAACGGUGACCCCUUCCAGAUUUUGAAUGUUUUCAUUGGUGCAGGAGAAAAAGGUCAGCUUGUCUGGUCAGAACACGGCAAUGGACAAAAUGACUGGCAUGUCGUUUGCUUAACGAUCAGUGAACCAAUCAGGGAUCUCGUCCUUACGUUUGAAGCAAUUCGUGGCUCGAAUGCUACCAGUAUUUUUGCUAUAGAUGAUAUCGAUAUCUCAAGAAAGCCUUGUGAAUUAGAAAGCAUUUCAUGCUCUUUCAGUAGGUCUCAAUGUGGAUAUAAAGUGAUCGCAAGUGAAAUUUCCGAGAUACAUUGGUACUUUACUUUACCAUUUUAUCAGGGACCAUCGUCAGACCAUACAACAAAUUCAGUUGAUGGAGGCUUUAUGGCUGUAUUCAACGAAUAUACUGAGGGAGACAGAACUUUUCUCCGUUCUCCUGUUGUACGGACCAAUCAAAGUGAUAAAGUGGAAUUUUAUUACUACCUGUCUGGGCCACACCCCGGGGAAUUACAAGUGACAUUUAUUCUUGCUGAUCAGCAGAUUUCGGAUUUGAAAACAGUUCUCUGGCAGGCAUACGGAGAUCACGGAACUGACUGGAAUUAUGGAUGUGUGAAUUUACCGCCAAAUCAGGAAGGCGGACUUAUAUUUACUGCGAUUGUGGGAACAACUAAGAAACUGAACAUCGCGAUUGACGAUAUUUCAGUUUCCCAAGGUCGAUGCGAAAAAAAUAUUAUGGAGAAUACUUGUACGUUUAAUAGUCCUCAACUUUGUAACUAUACAAUCAGUUGUAAAGAUGAACGAGAAUACAUUUGGAUGAGGCACAGUGGGGCCACUCCAACUUUUGGCACUGGACCUGAUAUGGAUAUUUCAGAAACUAAACAUGGUUUUUACUUGUAUGCCGAAAGCUCGUACGGUCAUCCAGGAGAUUCGGCCACAGUUACAUUUCCGGUCGACAAGAAUACAACAAAAAAGUAUCUGAACUUCUGGUAUCACAUGUAUGGGAAAAGUGUGGGUAGCUUACAUUUGCGAUAUCAUUCUCCUCGAUCGAGCAAGGAAGAAUGGAGAAUAGCUGGGAACCAAGGAAAUAGAUGGAUACGUUUCUGUGCACAAAUUACAAUUCAUGCAGACGCUUUCAGUUUGAUUGCUGUGAGAGGAUCUUCUCCUCUUGGUGAUAUUGCUAUUGACAACGUUCGAAUAGAUGAACAAAAAUGCCCUCAUCCGUUGGAUUGUGAUUUCAGUACAGGAACCUGCAACUACGAAUUACAAGCCAAUGGUUACGAUUACAACUGGACAAGGGUUAUAACCACAAAUGGUUAUUCAAAAAAAUUGGAUUUCAUGGAAAUCAGAACAAAAAGUAAUUACCAAGAACUGGCAACAUCUUCGUUGGUUUCUCCAGUAAUCAACGGAAAUGAAAAUGGCAGUUUGAGAUUCUCUUACCAGAUGAACGGAGCAGACGUAUAUAAAUUAACGGUCUCAUUACGAAAAGUGAACAAGAAUGAGACCGAACUAUGGAGUAGCAAUGACAAUACAAACAUCGACUGGAUUGGGGGAUGCGUAGAUCUUCCUGCAGUUGAGAUGAUGCGGAUUGUAUUUACGUCGACAAAUGGAUUUGGACCAAAUGGCGUCACUCGAUUGGAUAAUUUGAUUUAUCAUCACCAAAAGUGUCCAAUCGCCAGCAUUUUGAAACAAACCUGCAGCUUCGACCAGCCCCUAUUUUGUGGCUACAAAAUAAAAUGCUAUGCAAGUCCGUACAGAUGGAUGAGAGGGAGAACAUCACCAACAAACGGCACAGGUCCAAACACUGACCAUACGGGAUUGUUUGGAAAAGAAUAUUUUAUGUAUGUGGAAUCGAGCCUGGGACAUCCAGGUGACAAAACAGAUUUAAAGUUCCUACCUUUCAUAAGUCCUCCUCGGCACUACCUUGUUUUUUAUUAUAACAUGAAUGGAAGGGAUUCGGGUGAACUUCAAGUGAGUAUUGAAAAUGGUUCGAGGAGGAUAUUACAAUGGUGGGAUUCUGGAGAUUUGAAAGAUAACUGGAUAAUCGGGUGCAUCAAUUUAUUGGCUGAUGAGAACACGACUGUUAUAUUUACUGCAAUACGAGGAAACGGUCCAUUGGGUGACAUAGCAAUCGAUGACGUCUCAGUCAAACCGGGUUUCUGUCCGCCUCGGUCACUCGCAUGUGAAUUCACUGACGAUUUUCUUUGUGGUUAUAAGAAUAUUUCCAAGCGUCUAGGUUGGACAAGAAUUUACAAAGAUUCAGGUUUCUAUAUGAAAGCGGUUUCCUUUAAUGAUGAGAAAAACUCACUGAGAUCUCCAUUUGUAAACAUUACAGACAGUUGCAUACGUAUACAUUAUCGCCUAAACGCUACCCACUGCUUUUUUAAUGUCUACAACACCACAGACAAAGUUUUUGAGAUUUAUGCUGGAAAUAAAAAUGAUUGGAUGGUCGGUCAGUAUUACGUUGAAAAAAUGCAGUCAUUUCUACAAUUCGAUUUGAUGAUUGACGAAUGCGAAAUGCUAAUAAAGAAAGUUGAGGUUACACCCGGUAACUGUCCUUCAAUAGAUUGCCCCGAUAGUAUGGUAGCCUGUAUGGAUCAAAGUUAUUGCAUUAAUAAAACUUGGGUAUGCGAUAAAGCAAACGACUGUGUAGAUGGAAGUGAUGAAACUGAAAGCGUCUGUCCACUUUCCAUAGUUUGUCACUUCAACAAUAUGCACAGUUGUGGCUACAAGUUUGACGAAUGGUGGUGGAAAGCCGACCCCGGACAUAUGUAUUUGCGUUCUGUUGACUAUAAUUCUAGUCUAAUAUCUCCUAAGCAACAAGUAGAUGAUGUUUGUGUACGUUUUUCUUAUCGAGCAAGGAACUCGUUUUCGCUUUAUGUCUUGGUGCACUAUGAAUACGACAAAAACAAUUCCAGUUACACAAAAUGGCAGCUUCACUUCAGAAAUCAUCAACUGUCAUGGAGAGUCGGCCAAUUCUUCCUUCCGGCAGGAAAUAUUCAGUUAGAGUUCAAGGCCACCGUCAGUCGGAAUUCAGUUCUUCAAAUUGACGAUAUCAUUUUUCUCAAAGGAUAUUGUUCUCCAUUAAACUGUUCAGAUGACAGUUUUCUGUGUGGCAGCCAAGAGAAAUGCAUCAGUCAAAAAGACAAGUGCAACAGAUUUUACGAGUGUGACGAUAAAAGUGACGAGUACAAUUGCCCUUCUUCCCUUGACUGCGAUUUUGAAGACAAUUAUGCUUGUGGGUAUGAAUUUCAAAACAACUGGACACUGACUACAGGAAGAAAUAACCUUGUGCCACGAAUUGACCAUUCAAAGGGGCAUUCGUAUGGCCACUAUAUAUCAACAACAUUUACUCACAAAGGCUUCGUUCAUCUUGAUUCUCCCGAGAAAAACACCACGAGUAAAAAAUGUUUAACCUUUUUUUAUUCAUUUCACGGACAUUCGCAAUUUCACCUUUAUGACAAUAAUUUUUUAAAAUUAAUCAUUCGACCUUUUAAUAUCGGGAUUUGGCAAAAGUCACAAUUAAAUCUUGAUGAGGGCGUCCAUAAACUGCGAUUUUCUGUUUUUCUCAAUUCCUCAAACGACAAAUUGGCUUUGGACAAUAUCUCGACGUCACCUGGGUCAUGUCCCCAGUUAGUUUGCGAAGAGAAAUGGAAACGCUGUCAACCGGACGAUAUCUGCAUCCCAUAUUACAAAUUCUGCGAUCAUGAAGAAGAUUGCCCCAACGGAUAUGAUGAACUCGAAUGCCAAUCUUUCAAGAGUGUGCGACUUGUUGGCGGUGAAAACAUUGACCAGGGUUUUGCUGAGUAUUAUUACAAUGGCAAAUGGAAUGGUGUAUGUUCAAAAAGUAUCUGGUCAAAAAAGGAUUCUACAGUUAUAUGUCGUGAAUUAGGAUAUCGUGGAAGUGGAUGGAAUUCCUCAAAAACAAAAGUGGUACAAACUGUUCGAUCCAACAUAAAGAGUGUUAGCUGUCUUGGCUAUGAAGGUUCUCUGUCAAAUUGUAGAAUGCAUUUCUGUGAGAAUUGCAUUUGCCAUUACAAUCCAUUGGUCGAUUGCUCUAACACCAACUGUGCCUCUUCCCAACGUCCUUGCCCUGUGAAGGAAAGUGGGACUUACACAAGACAAGGUUACAAGAGAGACACAUGUAUAGCAAAAGAAUUUUUCUGCGAUGGUGAACAAGACUGUCCUGGAGGAACAGAUGAAGAAAACUGCCGCCAAUGCAAUGCUAGUGAAUUUCAAUGCCUUAAUAAAAAGUGCAUUCUAAAAAGUCAACGCUGUGAUGGUGUGAGAGACUGUCAAGACUCAUCAGAUGAAUAUCAUUGUUUUAUUCACAAUGGAACAUCCUUCUUUUUGCUUCAUGAUGAAAAGUACCAAGGAGUGUGUGAAACUAAUUUGAAUAACAAGAAUAUAGCAGAUAAACUAUGCAAAGCUGUUGGUAAAAGUAAUGCUACAGUUGGACAGUCCUUUUUUACUGGAAAAGGUAUCGAAUUUACCAGAAAGUCAUUGACCAAGAAUAACUUUUUUCCUGGACUGUCUCUCACUACCAAUGUACUGUCCUGUCAUUUACUCAAUGUUUCAUGCAGGGGUAAAGAAUGUGGUACCCGAGGAAAAAUCUUAAAUGACCAGUCAAUACAAAAUGGCAUUUCUACCUUUCUUGGUCAGUGGCCUUGGCAAGUGGUGUUUAAGAAAGACAACUACACUUCAUGUGGUGGAAUUCUCAUCCAUCAAAAAUAUGUACUCACCAAUACUUAUUGCCUCAAGGAAAACCACGUGUGGACAGUGACAGUUGGUACAAGAAACAAAACUAGUGGAGGAGUACAAUAUAAAAUAAAACGAAAAAUUGUUCAAUCAUUUUCUGAAAGAGAGGCUCUUGGUUUGCUGGAAUUGACAGAAGCUGUACAAAUAACUGACUAUAUUCGUCCUGCCUGUCUCCCCUCAAAGCCAUGGCUUCCUGAUAUGGAAUGCUUUUCAACAGGAUGGGGAAUGAGUGGAAGCUCCAAUUAUCCAUAUUACCUGAAAGAAAUCAAGGUUCGUCUACUCAGUCAAGAUCACUGUAUAAGCCAUUUUACAGACAUCAGUCAAACAUUUUUGUGUGCAGAUAGUGACAGAUACUCAUUAGGAUGUCAUGUUGACAUUGGUGGACCACUUGUAUGUCGGAACGACCAUGGACAUUGGGAAGUUGUUGGAGUGACAAGUGCGGACAAAAUAUAUUGUUACCCUAACAGUUUUAUUCCUAUCACUUAUAUAGAUGUAUACAGGUCAUUAAAAUGGAUUUUACAGCAUUUGACUUGA